AUGUUGUCAAAUGACAUAACUAAUUGUCUUUCGCAUGGAUUAGAUUAUGGUCUUGUUCCUAGAAAGGUUGAUAAUAUGAAUAUUAUCAGUGAUAUUGAAAAUGUUUUUCAUUGGGUUACUGAUAUUUCUCAACAUCAUAAAAACCUUGUAUCUGAACUUAAUAAGAAAGAUACAGUUAUUGGUUCUGAUGUUCGUGUUCUCAAUUCAAAAGAAUUGACUUUAACAAGUAGUUUACGUUCUAUUACUGAUUCAUUUCCUCAUCAAGUUUAUCGUUUUGGACAAUUACAGAAUAGAAUUAAUACUGAACAGAAAAAAUAUCGUCAUUUAUUAAAAAAUUUAAAACAAAACAAAUCAAUUAUUGUUACUCAUCCAGAUAAAGGCAGAGGAUUUGUUUUGUUAAAUAAAGCCGAAUAUUUAUCAAAAAUGUAUACUAUACUUAACGAUUCAACUAAAUUUACGUUUCGCUCGUAG